GGCGGCUCCCGCGGAGCCGUUACCUGCGGCGGGGCCGCCCCCGCCCCGAUGCGCAGGCCGGGCGCCCGCAGCCAGCCCGGCGCAGCAAUGCUGAGUGACAAUAACUCUGUGAAGCUGAAAAGUGAUUGUUCACCCCCUGUGCAAUGGUGUGAGGUGGCUACACAUAAAGAUGAGAAGACCAAGCUGUUUUUUAAAAGACUUCUUGCACUGUUUGUGGUUGGAGUGUGCUUCUUUUAUAUCCUCAAAUUACAUUUUGGCCCUGAAGAAUGUGACAGAACAAAAAUGCCCUAUGUGGACCUCGAUCGUGUAAGGAGAGCAAAACACUAUGCCAGUGCUGCCCUGCGGGAGCAGUGCCGGCCUUCUUAUGUGAAGAAAGAAAUGGGCAAGUUAUUUGCAGAGAAAUACAGCAUGGACGUGUCUCCAUUUGUAAAAAAAAAUAUAAAUGAAGAUGACGCUCUAUUUAAAUAUGAACCUCCUUUUGGAUUUCACAAGUUCUUUGAUAAGCUGAAAGAUCUCCUUGAACUCUUACCUGAACAUGAUUUACCAGAAGAUUUGAAGUCGAAACACUGUAAGCGUUGUGUUGUUGUUGGCAGUGGUGGAAUUCUUCAUGGAUCAGAGCUGGGUCAUUUAUUGAAUCAGUUUGAUAUUGUUAUAAGGUUAAAUGAUGCACCAGUUCAAGAUUACACAGAUCACGUUGGUAACAAAACUACUAUAAGGAUGACUUACCCAGAAGGAGCCCCCCUUUCUGAGCACGAGUAUCCUCCUGAUAGCUUGUUUGUGGCUGUUUUGUUUAAAAGUGUUGAUUUCAACUGGCUCCAAGCAAUGGUGAAAAACGAAACCUUGCCUAUGUGGGUGCGACUCUUCUUUUGGAAAGAGGUUGCUGAGAAAAUUCCUUUUACAUCAAAGCAGUUUCGGAUUCUGAAUCCAGUCAUCAUCAAAGAGACAGCUUUGGACAUUUUACAGUUCCCUGAACCCCGAUCAAAAUUCUGGGGUUGGGAUAAGAACGUACCUACAAUUGGGGUUACAGCAGUUGUUCUGGCCACACAUUUAUGUGAUGAAGUGAGCUUGGCAGGAUUUGGAUAUGAUCUUGAUCAGCCCAGCACACCUUUGCACUAUUACAACAACCUCUGCAUGGCUGCCAUGAACGGACAAACGAUGCACAAUGUGACGAGCGAAAGGAAAUUCCUGCAAAAACUGAUCAAAGAAAAAAUUGUCAAAGACCUCACUGGUGGGAUACAUUGUGAAUUCUGUGGCAAAGACAGCUAGUGAUUCCAGUGUGGCGUGGUUUGGAUUUGUGAAAUUUCCAGAGGUUCAGCUGGAACAACAUUUUCACUGUCUGAAGUAGUCCUUUAAAGUGCGUAUAAAAUGGACGUAGAAUCUCUGCUGCCUUUUUUUAAUGUCAAGUUCAAUUUGUUGGACUUUGAGUUGGAUGUCAGAUUUUACUUUGCACAUUUUUGUGGGUAACUAUGUAAAUGCAACGUGGAGUUGAAUGAGAUCCAUUGAAAAUAUUUAAUGUUUUAAGUUGUCUGAAGAAAAGUGGAGGUUUUGUUUCCGGAUGUAUGUGGUACACACAACACCAGCCUGAGUUGUCUAACAGCAUACAGGAGUUAUUUUCCACUGAACUACUGUUUCUGUUGAUCCAGUUCUUGGUGUGUGACUCCUUUUCAUGCAUUCCAUGAAAAGAAAGGCUUAUGCUUCUCAGGUCUUUCACUUCUUGUAACUUGAGUGUUGUGUUUCCCCCUCGAAUGUUGAUGUUCUUUUGGUUUUGUUCUGAUAUCCUUGGGGGAUGGAGGAGAGGAAUGUGUGAGCAGAGGUGAGUGAAAAGGAACUGUUGUGGCAACAGCUGAACAGUAAGUACUUUGACGUUCAUGAUUGAUAGUAAAAUAAUUGAUGCAUUAAUGUAUUGGAUUAGAAUCCUGCUUUAUCCUGAGACAAGUUUGGACCCAGGGCAUGUUAUAGGAGAAUUUAGCCAGUAGGAGACUUUCACCUGCAUCAGAUCUUUUGUCAUUUCUAUUCCUUAAGAUCCAGAUGAAUGUUUCUAACUAGUUGCAGCAGAGUUCAGAUGCUCCAAUUAAAGGAGUGGCAUUUAUACAAAAUCUGCCCUUUUUAAAUUUGAGUGACUUGAGAAUUGCUGGUUCUAUAAAACACUGGUUUGCAUAGAUCUUUCAUUUAGCAAUAAUAGAAUCUAUGCCUGGUUAAAAUGUCCACUUUAUGAUCCUUAAGUAGUCAACUACAGAUACUGUUAACCUUAAUAGUUUACAAUUAUGAUAACCCUUAUGAACUCUAGUGUUGACUGUUUAAUUGAAGGAAGAGGCAGAGUUGUUAGUUUUACUAUAUCAGCUUUUAAGUCAGCAAUUAGUUGAGUGUGUGUAAGUUAAGAAGAAAAUCACUGAGAAAAGGAGUAUGAUCUAGUAGCAGGCUAGGUAACUGCUGAAAGCAGCAUACUUGGAAAAAAUAGCUAUAGAUACAUGUUCUUGUGACUGGAAAUCAGUGCAUUGCAAAGAAACUGGACUGUGCAGAUCUGCAAGCAGGUUUUAAUGUUCAUUUUCAUUCUGUCACUAACAGGCCAGCAGGUAUGACUGUGUUUGCACUGAGUGGGGUUUUACUCCAUCCACAGGAUGUGCAAAAAGCUUUUUUUGGGAAUGAAAGUUUGCCAGCAAAUUGAUCAAAGAUUGGCCUAGGAACAUUGUUCAUGGACUCUCCAUGUGGUGAACAUUCCCACUUGUUUUUUUGUUAUGGGCUAAGAUAUGAAUGUACUUGUAGUUUUACAUUUUCAAAAUACUAACAUGGGAAAGCAAGAUUAGGGUGGUUGGUUGAGUUUUGUUUUGUUUAGGGGUUUAUGUUGUUCUUGUUUUUUGUCUGUUUAGUUGUUUGUUUUUUUCUCCCCAUGGAGAGAAGUUCUAAUCAAUGAUAAUGUUAAAAUGCAGGAACAGCAGACAGAUUCUGGCCAUUAUACUAAAAGGCAAUAAAAUGACAUCAGAUCACAAAGCAUAACUCUGAAGGAAGUUGUGGACCUUAUAUUUUGUAAGUCACAUGCACCUACAUGUCCUUGAAAGCCAAUUUGUGGAUGAUCAAUUUGAAAAUCAGAUCCUUGUCUGUGGCACUGCUUGUGUUUAUAGCAAUAAUAUUAACAUAACUUCUACUCCUCCAUGAAACAUGUUAAUUUUUGUACUAGCAAUAAAUUUCUAGUCUGUUUUUCUUGUAAGUAUAACAAUUACAUUGUUUAAUUUAAAAAUAUUUCAUGUGUGAAGAGUUUUAUACAGAUAGUAUUUUAGUUAAUAUAUUAAAAUGUGUUAAUUAUUUUCUCCUGGUAUUUAAACUGGAAGCAAACUACCUUAAUUUCAUUUGGUAUUAGUGAAAUUUUGGAAGAUUUCAGAACGUGUGUUGGGAGGACAUCCUGAAUACACCAAAAGUACAUGUUCCAGAGCACUUGGUCCUUCACCAGUUUGCUUUACUCAGUAACUUAAUCAGUUGAUUAACGUUAAGUGCCAAUAGCUUUUUGGAGAUGCUGUAUUUAUUGUUAAAUUCUCAAAUUAUGUUGAUAUAGGAUUAGUUUUGUUUUCCCAGCAGUUUUAUGGCUUGUGAUAAAACCUUGUUCUCCAUGGUAGUGUGUACUGCUUUGAAUAAGCCUGCACAGACUCGACCAUCCGUGAAAUGGCAGCAAAGUUCAGGUUGCAAAAAGCAAUAAACUGAUGAAACCACUUUCUACCUA